AUGGAGUGCAAAUACGUCGCGAUAUCAACUCCACGUCGCCGCGCCAACAUCACCCGCCUUGCCACGCCAUCACCGCGUGACGCCGGUGCCGUCUGCCCGCGCGUGUGUGCGACGCGUCACGUGUGCGCAGGCGAGGAGCGGAUUGGCGUGAACGCGACGUACGAGCAGGAGGGCAAGGUGCAGUUCGUGAUCGACGCGGUGUACUCGAUGGCGCACGCACUGCACAGCAUGCACCUGGAUCUGUGCCCCGAGUACGUGGGGCUGUGCCCACGCAUGGACCCCGUCAACGGGCGCGAGCUGCUCAACUACAUCCGCAGGGUCAACUUCACCGGCAGCGCCGGCACCUCGGUGCUGUUCAACGAGAAUGGCGACGCCCCCGGACGCUACGACAUCUUCCAGUACCAGCUCACCAACACCAGCAGCCCCGGCUACAAGGUCAUCGGCCAGUGGAUUGACCUGCUCAAACUGGACGUCCACGCCAUGCAGUGGGCGGGCGGCUCGCAGGAGAUCCCCGUGUCGGUCUGCUCGCUGCCCUGCUUCCCCGGCGAGCGCAAGAAGGGCGUCAAGGGCGUGCCCUGCUGCUGGCACUGCGAGCAGUGCGAGGGCUACCAGUUUCAGCUGGACGAGUUCAACUGCCAGCUGUGCCCCUACGACCGGCGCCCCAACGAGAAUCGCACGGGCUGCCGCGACAUCCCCAUCGUCAAGCUCGAGUGGCACUCCCCGUGGGCCAUCAUCCCCGUGUUCUUCGCCAUCCUCGGCAUCGUCGCCACGACCUUCAUCUUCGGCACGUUCGUGCGCUUCAACGACACGCCCAUCGUGCGCGCGUCGGGGCGCGAGCUCAGCUACGUGCUGCUCACGGGAAUCUUCCUCUGCUACGCGAUCACCUUCCUGAUGAUCGCCACGCCCGGCGUGGUGCUCUGCUCAUUCCGCCGCCUCUUCCUCGGCCUGGGCAUGUGCAUCAGCUACGCGGCGCUGCUCACCAAGACCAACCGCAUCUACCGCAUCUUCGAGCAGGGCAAGAAGGCGGUGACGCCGCCCAAGUUCAUCAGCCCCACGUCCCAGCUCGUCCUCACGUGCAGCCUCAUCUCGGUGCAGCUGCUCGGCGUGUUCGUGUGGUUCGGCGUCGACCCGCCGCACAUCAUCGUGGACUACCACGAGCAGCGCGCGCCCGACCCCGAGGACGCGCGCGGAGUCCUUAAGUGCGACAUCUCCGACCUCUCCAUGAUCUGCUCGCUGGGAUACAGCAUCCUGCUCAUGGUGACCUGCACCGUGUACGCCAUCAAGACGCGCGGCGUGCCGGAGAACUUCAACGAGGCGAAGCCCAUCGGCUUCACCAUGUACACCACCUGCAUCGUGUGGCUCGCCUUCAUCCCCAUCUUCUUUGGCACCGCGCAGUCCGCCGAGAAGAUGUACAUCCAGACGACGACCCUCACCAUCUCCAUGAGCCUCAGCGCCACCGUGUCGCUGGGGAUGCUCUUCUUCCCCAAGGUCUACAUCAUCGUGUUGCACCCGGAGCUCAACGUCCAGAAGCGCAAGCGCAGCUUCAAGGCCGUGGUCACGGCCGCCACCAUGUCCCAGAAGCUGUCCCAGAAGUCGGGCGAACGCCCCAACGGUCAGGCGAAGACGGAGAUCUGCGAGAACGCUGCCGAGCCCAACACCGACCCGGGAAAGAAGGCCACGUACAUAAACUACAGCAACCACACGGGUUAGACGGCGACAGACAAGAGGAUGUGAACGGGGGUCGUGGGAGGGGAAGGGAGCCAGUGAGAGAGAUGACCCCCUGCCGAAGCCAAGCACAUCCCCAAAAAAAAGUUUACAAGAAAGGCGAUAAAGGCACCGCGCGUGGUCUUGGAAUCUAAAGCGAAAACAAAACAAAAAAACUUUGCGCUCGACUCUCGGCCAAUCAAUCACUCGGCCGAUCAAUCACUCAGCCGAUCAAUCACUCCAAUCAUCAUCGACAGCUGCAACCUCCUCCACCUCCCAAGGUGAGGUGGGGGCCUGGGCCUGACUAGCUUCGCACACCUGGGUGGUGGCGCGCUGACGGAAGGUUCCGCUUUAGCCUUGAAUGAACCCUGGAGUUCAUUCAGAAGAGUGAUACUCCUACUACUACUAAAACAACUACUAACAACAACAACAACUGCUAACGACAUCAACAACAACUUCAACAACGACGAUGGCGACGAAGAAAAAAAACACUUUUACAAAAAAAAAUCCGUGCAAUGACGUUGCUAUUUCUACGUUGCUCGUGUCACGUGCACCCGCGCGAGUUUCUUCUCCUCCACGAGAGGAGGAGGAGGAAGAGGAGGAGGAAGAGGAGGAGGAAGAGGAGUAGGAAG